GGGUGAGGUAUUUAAGCGCCGGAGCAGGACAGCGCAGCCGAAGCUCUGAACUCCCUGAGUGAAGGUAGGACAGGGAGAGGAAGCCAGGAGAACGGAGCUCCACAGUUCCCCCCCACACACUUUGACCCAGUAUCCCACCUCACGUACUUACACUCGCUGUCCCGCACACUUUUGGACUUUUUACUCCUCUCUGGACUCCAGAAUCUUCUCCCUGGGACCUGUGCCCCUCCCCUCCAUCACUGUCCUCACCUCCGCAACCUCCGGACGCCUCCCCUCGCUCCCGUGAGGGCAGAUGGCCGCGGCAUGGGCCUUUCUCAGGGGCGCCUUCGGCUGUGCCCUGCUGGCCCUGGUUUUGGGGAGCAGCAUGGACUUCGGGGCGCCCCCGGCGAGCUUCUACCCCCGUUUUAACCCCUUUUUCUUCCUGUGCACCCACCACGGGGAGCUGGACGGAGUUGGGGUCGCUGAAGGUGGCGGAGAAGUGCUGCUCACGCUCCAGAUUACGGGGAACCCCACCGCGUACACCCCGGGACAGGAAUACCAAGUAACCAUCUCUACCAGUGUGUCCUUUGAUGGUCUGCUGGUGACCGGCCUCUACACCUCCACGCCCGUCCAGUCGGCUCCCAUCCCCGCACCGGCUGCCUUUGGCUUCGGUGUGAUUCCGGACCGCCAGUUCACUGGAACCCAGUUUGUGUGCAGUGUGGUGGCCUCCCACGUCAGCCACCAGCCCUCCACCAGUUUCAGCUUUGUCUGGAUCGCUCCGCCUCCUGGCACCGGCUGUGUCAACUUCUUAGCCACGGCAACACAUCGAGGACAGAUCCUCUUCAAGGAUGCUCUGGCCCAGCAGCUCUGCGAACAAGGAGCUCCGACGGAGUCCCCGCUGAGGCCGAGUCUUUUGGACGUCCAUGCUCACCACGCCGUGCUGCGGGACGACUUUGACUCCAACUUGCAGGGAGAGCUGGACCCCACCGUUUGGUCGGAGUGUACUAACUGUGAGAUGGGGGAGCAAUGCGGGGUUCUGAUGCACGGCCGGGCGAUCACUUUCUGUGAGCCUUUUGGAGAGCGAGAGCUUACCACCGUGUCCCUGAACACCAGCACAGCGUCUGUUCUUCAGUUUGCCCUGGGUUCAGGCUCCUGUCGAUUCAGCUACUCAGACCCCAGCAUCACUGUGUCAUACAGCCUCAGUGGGAACGCUAACAACUCGGACUGGAUCACACUGGAGAAGAUCAGAGCUCCGACCAACAGCAGCACCUUCGUUCACCUGCUCCCCAUGCCAGUACACUCCAGGGCGGAGAACGUACGCCUCCGCUGGUCUCAGGAGGCUCCUCAAGGUCCAGACGGGUACGAGUCCUGCUGGGGUCUGGACAAUGUUCUGCUGGUCAAUGCUGCGCAUAAAGCUCCUCUCAUGGAGGACAACCUGGAUCCUCCAGACACCGCCAACUGGCUCUUCUUUCCUGGUGCUACUGUGAAGCACGCUUGCCAGUCUGAGGGCAACGCUUUGUAUUUCCACGGCGGCGAAGGAGCCGGCCACAGCUUCGCCUCCAGUCGAGACAUUGAUCUGCACCGAGAGGAGGGAAGAAGCUAUUGGGAGGAGGAUUUUGAGAGUCCACCAUCAAACUGGGACAUUCAGGGAGCCGUCUACGGGAGCCGCUGUGGCGAGAUCGAGUCCGGCUCGGCGCUCGUGUUCGAGAGGGAAGGUCGCAGGAGAGUGUGCACGCCGUACAUCGACACCACAUCGUAUGGGAACCUGCGCUUCCACUUUUCCAUGGGUGGUGGUGAAUGCGACCCAGGGGAGUCACAUGACCAUGACGUGAUUCUGUUCGGAAGGUCGGAGGGCAAGCGGGAACGUGUGGUGCUGGACACCCUUCCGUAUUCUUCCUACAGGACCCCUGGGGUAGUUUCCGUGGCACUGCCCACCGAGCUCCAAACGGCGGUCACCCAGUUUUGCAUGGAGCAGCGCUCUCAUGGCGGCGCUGACCGCCACGUGUGGGCAGUGGACUUCAUGCAGCUUCUCCCCGUGCUGCCCGGCACGCACACACACGUGGUCCAGUUCUCCAUCAACCUCGGCUGUGGCUCCUACCAGCCUGCCAACAGUGUCGGUCUGGAAUUUUCCACCAAUCAUGGCCGUACCUGGUCUCUGCUUCACACCGAGUGUCUGCCGGAGUUGUGUGCUGGUCCUCACUUACCUCAUAGUACCAUCUACUCUUCCGACAAUUACAGCGGAUGGACCAGGAUCUCCAUUCCGCUUCCCAAUGCGGCCCUGACGGAAAACACACGCUUUCGCUGGAAACAGUCCGGUGGUGGAGUGGGCAACAUGUGGGCCAUUGAUAAUGUUUACAUCGGGCCUGCUUGCCUCCGUUUCUGCUCCGGAAGAGGACAUUGUUCCCGGACUGGCUGCAAAUGCGAUCCAGGCUUCAGCGGUCCGGCCUGUGAGCUCGCUUCCCAGACUUUCCCGGCGUUCCUAUCGGAGGGUUUCUCCAGCCCGCGACUUUCGUCCUACCACAGCUUCUCAUCACUCCGCGGAGCCGAGGUCAGCUUCGGCUGUGGGGUUCUGGCCAGCGGCAAGGCGCUGGUCUUCAACAGGGACAGCAGGAGACACUUAGUCACCGCGCCGCUGGACAGCUCCCAGGCCAGGUACCUCCAGUUCACCCUCCGACUGGGCAGCCGAAGCACCCUGAGCUCCUGUCCUGCUCCAGACCAACCGGGAGAAGGCGUCUUGCUGCAUUAUUCUACAGACAACGGAAUAACCUGGACUCUGCUGCAGCAUUAUGCUUACCAAGGCUUCCAUGAGCCCAGGAUUGUGUCUGUCGAGCUGCCGUCCGGCGCUCGAAAGUUUGGCGUGCAGUUUCGAUGGUGGCAGCCGUACCAUUCAGGGCGUGGCCAUGACGUGUGGGCCCUGGAUGAAAUCAGCAUGACCUCCGUACUGUUCAACACCAUAAGUCUGGACUUUAGCAACGUGCUGGACGUCACUCAGAGUCUUGGCUUCUACCUCGGUCAUGUCCAGCCCUACUGCCAGCACGACUGGACCCUCAGUUUCUCCGGUGAGCCCAGUCCUGGUUCCAGUAUUCGUUACGUGGAGACUCAGUCCAUGCAGAUCGGAGCCUCCUACAGCCUCCAGUUCUCGCUGGUGAUGGGCUGUGGACGAGACUCGUCCCCUCACAUCGACACUCAGGUCCGCCUGGAGUUCUCCACCAAUCACGGCCUCACUUGGCACCUGGUCAAAGAGGCCUGUCUUCCUGGCAUGCCAAGCUGCUCUGAGUUCACAGCUCCAAGUGUCUACCACCCAUCUGAGUUCAGACGAUGGAGACGCAUCACUCUGUCUCUGCCUCAGAAGACAUGGUCCAGCGCCACAAGGUUCCGCUGGAUCCAGAAUUACUACGGCGAGCAGGACGAAUGGGCCCUGGAUGACAUUUACAUCGGCCAGCAAUGUCCUAGCAUGUGCCACGGACACGGAUGGUGUGACCAUGGACACUGCAGGUGCGAUGACGGAUUCUCCGGACCGGACUGCCUGCCCGUUUCCCCCCUUUCGUCCAGUGUGCUAUCAGACUUUGAGUCCCAGGAUGCACUGCUGGCCACGUGGCAGGAAGUGAUCGGCGGGGAGGUGGUCAGCCCUGACGUGGGCUGCGGGGUGGUGUCAUCCGGUUCAUCCCUGUACUUCAGCAAGGCUGGGCUGCGGCAGCUGGUGAGUUGGGACCUGGACACCGAGUGGGCGGAGUUUGUGCAGUUUUACCUGCGCGUGGGCGGAGACUGGGCCGACUGUAACCAGGCUGACAGCAGGGAGGAAGGAGUUCUGCUGCAGUACAGCAAUGAUGGCGGCAUCAGCUGGGGUCUCAUCGCCGAGAUGUACUUCACCGACUUCACCAAACCUCGCUUCGUCCACUAUGAGCUUCCUUUGGCCUCAAAGACGCCCUGCACGAGAUUCCGCUGGUGGCAACCUCUUCAUUCUGGGGAGGGCUACGACCAGUGGGCCAUUGAUGAUGUCAUUAUUCUAUCCGAGCGGGAGAAACACAUCAUCCCCAUGGCGGACCCGACUUUGCCGCAGAACUUCUACGAGAAGCCGGCGUUCGAUUACCCGCUGAACCAGAUGAGCGUGUGGCUGAUGCUCGGCAACGAAGGCAUGGAGAGGGACACCAACAACAGCUUCUGUGCUCAGACGGCUUCCUCCAUGGUGUUUGGGCGCUCUGACGGGGACAGGGUGGCCGUCACCAGGGAUCUUGCUCUGCGCCCCGGGUACACCCUCCAGUUUAAGUUGAACAUCGGUUGCGAGUCCGAGUUCAGCGCCUCGGCACCGGUGCUGUUGCAGUACUCUCACGAUGCCGGUCGUACCUGGGCGUUGGUGAGAGAGGGGUGUUACCCUGGAAGCCCGGGGGCCGGGAACUGUGAGGGGAGUGGCCGUGAGCUUCGAGAACCCACCGUGUACAACACCGGCGAUUAUGACGAGUGGACCAGAGUCACCGUGGUCAUUCCACGCAAUGUGGCCGCUAGCAAAACUCGGUUCCGCUGGUUCCAGGAGAGCAGCAUUUACAGAGAUGCCCCCCCUUUCGCCUUGGACGGGGUGUACAUCUCUGAGCCUUGUCCCAACCACUGCGGCGGCCAUGGGGACUGCAUCUCCGGGGUCUGCUUCUGUGAUAUGGGAUACACAGUGGAGCAGGAUAGCUGCGUCCCGUCUGUAGCCAGUCCCACGGAGCUGACCGAGGGCUUUGAGGGCAAGUUGAGUCCUCUGUGGCAAAGUCUCAGCGGAGGACAAAUAGGAGGUGGUUGUGGCAUCAUUGGCGAAGGCAAGGCGUUUUACUUCAGUAGCCCCGGAUGGAGGGAGGCUCGCACGGUUCCCCUCGACACCACCAACACUCGGUUGGUGCAGUUCUACAUUCGAAUAGGCAGCAAAAGUUUGGGACCCACUUGCACCAGGCCCCGUUCCCGCAAUGAAGGUGUCCUUGUGCAGUUCUCCACCAACAAUGGCGUCCGUUGGCAGUUCCUGCGGGAGUUGGACUUCAGCUCCUUCCUGGAGCCUCAAGUGGUAACCAUCGAGCUGCCACCUCAUGCCAAAUCCCCUUACACCGUUUUUCGAUGGUGGCAGCCGCAGCAAGGGAAACACUCGGCCCAGUGGGCUCUGGAUGACGUCCUAAUUGGUAUGAACGACAGCUCCAGAACUGGUUUUCAUGACAAGUUUGACGGCACAACGCCUCUGAGGCACAACUGGUACCGCAUUCAGGGCGGGGAGGUGACUGUGGACUGUUUGUCCUUGGACACCGUGCUGACCUUCAACUCUGAAGCCAUCGAUAAGAAGCCGAGGUAUGCCGAGAGCUGGGACUUUGAGGUCUCCGGCUCGUCUUUCCUGCAGUUUGAACUGAGCAUGGGCUGCAGCAAGUCCACUUCCUUCUCGCACGGCGUGCGACUGGAGUACUCCAUCGACUGUGGCCGUCACUGGUCCCUCAUCACGCCGGAGUGCGUUCCCCCGGCCAUCGGUUGCGCUGCGUAUACUCAGAGCUCCAUCUACACGUCCACGCAGUACAAGCACUGGAGAAGGAUCACCGUGUACUUGCCCAGCGCCGCUAACUCGCCAAGAACUCGAUUCCGUUGGAUCCAGACCCAUUUCACACCCGGGGCGGAAGGUUGGGCUCUCGAUAACGUGUUACUCGCGCCCGGGUGCCCGUGGAUGUGCUCAGGUCACGGACUGUGUGACAACGGACGCUGUGUGUGUGAUAAAGGUUACGAGGGUGCCCACUGUGUGCCCUCGGCCCCCCUCCCGUCCGUGUUGAGGGAGGACUUCAACGAGCAUCUGCAGCAGGAGACCUGGCCUGAGGUUUAUGGCGCCGAGAGGGGCACGAUGAACGGCGAGCCUCUUAAAUCGGGGGCUGCACUCAUCUUUAAAGGGGACGGUCUGCGUAUGAUAGUGUCAAGGGAUCUGGACUGUGCAAACACGCUCUACAUUCAGUUUUCCUUCAAGUUCAUCACUAAAGGUGUGCCUGAGCGGUCUCACUCCGUGCUGCUGCAGUACUCUGUGAAUGGGGGCAUCAGCUGGCUACUUUUGGAUGAGUUUUACUUCCCAGCGUCCACCGAUACGCUCUUCCUCCACCUGGCUCUUCCUGCCAGCGCGCAAACCAACGCCACCCGAUUCAGACUGUGGCAACCGUACAACAGUGGUAAGAAGGAAGAGGUGUGGGUCAUUGACGACCUCAUCAUCGAUGGCAGCUCCUUACACAAUCCCCCAGUGGUGGUGGACAGCUUUGAAGAAGGCCCCAAUGAGUCCAACUGGCUCUUCUACCCGGGGGGCAACACGGGCCUCUACUGCCCCUACCAGAAAAGCGGCUUAGAAGAGGAUGACUCAUCCAUGGUGUUUGUCUCCAGCGAGCUGGGGGAGCACUCCAUCACCACCAGGGACAUCGACGUCAACGAGAACACAAUCAUCCAGUUUGAGAUAAACGUGGGCUGCACGGCUGAAAGCUCCUCGGCCUACCCGGUGCGCCUUGAGUUCUCCCGGGACUUUGGUUCUACGUGGCACCUUCUGGUACCGCUGUGUGCUGGCGGCCCACAACCGUCGUCCCUUUGCUCCACCGAGCUCCACCCUGCCAGCGUCUACUUCCCGGGCACCACCCACGGCUGGAGGAGAGAGGUCAUUCACUUCGGGAAGUUGCGUCUCUGCGGAUCUGUGAGGUUCCGUUGGUAUCAGGGUUUCUUCUCAAGUGGAUCUGCUCCCCCCACGUGGGCUCUAGACAACAUCUAUAUCGGUCCUCAGUGUCAAGACAUGUGCAGUGGCCAUGGGGCCUGUGUCGGCGGCACCCACUGCUUGUGUGACCCGGGCUACUCUGGAAGUGACUGUUCUGUGCCUGACACCCCCAACCCUGACUUCCUUAAGGAGGACUUUGAAGGAGGCGCGGUGGAUGUUGAGCUGUUUAAACAGUUGAGUGGUGGUAAACCGUCCAGAAAAUGUGGCAUCAUGUCCAGUGGAAACCACCUGUUCUUCAGCGAGGACGGGCUGCGUAUGUUGGUCACAAGCGACAUGGACUUGUCCAAUGCCAGGUUUGUGCAGUUCUUCCUACGCCUGGGCUGCGGUAAGGCAGCACCGGACCCUCGCUCCCAGCCGGUUUUGCUGCAGUACUCUCUGAAUGGGGGGCUAACAUGGAAUAUCCUCCAGGAAUUUCUCUUCAGCAACAGCAGUAACCAGGCUCGCCUGGUGGCCCUGGAGAUCCCGUUGCGUGCUCGCACCACUUCCACUCGCCUGCGCUGGUGGCAGCCUUCUGAAAACGGGCAUUUCUACAGUCCCUGGGUGAUUGACCAGGUGGUGGUUGGUGGUAGUGCCAGUGGCUGGGGGCCUCUGGAAGAUGAUUUCUCCUCAAUCGAUGGACGUUCCUGGCUCCUACACCCAGGAGGAACGCGGAUGCCAGUCUGCGGUUCCGACGGACCCGCUUUUGCUUUCAUCGAGAAGUCCAACACUCGCUAUGCCGUUACCACCGACAUCAGCUUGGGUCCAGACGCCUUCAUCCAGUUUGACUUCUCCGCCUCCUGCUCCGUCACUAACUCCUGUUACUCCGUGGAGCUGGAGUACUCUCUGGAUUUAGGACUGACAUGGCAACCGGUUGUUCGAGAUUGUUUACCCACAAGCCCCGACUGCUCCUCCUACACCUUGCAGAGGCUUCUCAUUUCCGACACGUACAAUAAGUGGGGCCGCGUGACUCUCCCCAUCCCAUCAUAUGCAAGAUCUCCUGCCACAAGGUUCCGAUGGUUCCAGCAGGCUCCCUUUGACAAGCAGCAGACCUGGGCUCUAGAUAACCUCUACAUUGGAGAUGGUUGUCCAGAUAUGUGCUCUGGUCAUGGUCGGUGCCAACAGAGUUCCUGUGUGUGUGACCCAGAGUGGGGGGGCGAGUAUUGCGAUGAGCCAGUAGCUCCACUGCCCUCCCAGCUGAAGGAUAGCUUCAGUCGGACACCCUCCCUCAGCCACUGGCACACACUGACCGGCGGGAAACUCAGCACUGUGUGUGGUGCCGUGGCCUCCGGAUCUGCUCUGCACUUUAGCGGUAGUUGCAGCCGUCAGCUGGUGACCGUGGACCUGAACCUGACCAAUGCGGAGUUCAUCCAGUUCUACUUCAUGUACGGCUGCAUGAUCCCACCCAGCAACCGGAACCAGGGUGUGCUCCUGGAGUACAGCUUGAACGGAGGGAUCCACUGGCAUCUGCUGACUGAGAUCUUCUACGAUCUGUACACAAAGCCCGGGUUUGUAAAUGUAUUGCUGCCCCCUGCUGCACGUCAAGAAGGAGUGCGUGUGCGCUGGUGGCAACCUCAGCACGAUGGCGUCGACCACAGCGACUGGGCUCUGGAUAAUGUCCUCAUCGCGGGUUCCGACACCCGUGCACAGAUUUCGGACACAUUCGGUGGCGUCGCAUUGCCCAACCACGAGAGAUCACCAGCUGAUGAAACCUCAGGACGAAUGAGCGACGUUAGUGAUGCGGAGGAAACGCCAAUCGUGAGCGAUCAUUGGCUGUUCUCGGAGGACUGUUCGGUGCAACGUUUCUGCAGCUCCCCCGAUGGAGUGAUGGUUUGUGGCAAUGCCGACGGUAGAGAGGUCUAUGCCGUCACGCAUGACAUCAUCCCAGAAAAGGGCUGGGUCAUGCAGUUCAAGAUUGCAGUCGGCUGCGUUGUGCCCGAUCGUGCCGCUGACAGGCAGGUCCACGUCCAGUACUCUGCGGACUUUGGCGUGACAUGGAAGUACCUGGUUCCUCAGUGUCUGCCCGCUGAUCCCCGCUGCGGUGGUCAGGUCUCGCGGCCGUCGGUCUUCUUCCCCGCGGCAUCCUGGAAGCGGGCGGUGUACCCCCUGCCUGACGGCCUGGCUGGCACCUCGGUGCGCUUCAGGUUCUACCAGCAGCACUCCGACAUCCAGUGGGGCGUGGAGAACUUUUACAUCGGACCGGCAUGUGAGAGCCAUUGCGGGGGGCACGGGGACUGUUUGGAUCGACGCUGCCUCUGUGACCCGGGGUUCACUGGGCAAAACUGCUAUGCCAGUGCUGCUCUGAAGGCAUCUUUGAAGGAACGUUUUGACUGGGAAGGAGCAGCCGGCCCACAGUGGCAGGUUCUAGAGGGCGGCCGACCCUGCACGGACUGCGGCGUGUUGGUAGAAGGUACCGCUCUGUAUUUUGGAGGAGCCGAUUCCAGACAAGCUGUUACGGCUGAUAUGGACCUCCGUGGAGCCAAGUUCGUGGAGUACUGGGCCAGGAUUGGUAGUGAAAACAACAUGUCCAUGUGCCACCGUCCGACAUGUCGAAAAGAGGGCGUGCUGCUGGACUAUUCCACCGAUGGAGGCGUGUCGUGGAUCCUGCUGCACGAGAUGGACUAUCUCAAGUACGUUUCUGUGAGGAGAGAUUACAUUGUCCUGCCAGAGGGGGCGCUAACCAACGCCACUCGCUUACGCUGGUGGCAGCCAUUCACCAUUUCCUCCGGCUUGGCCUCCCCCAGCCUGGAAAGAGCUCAGUGGGCUUUAGACAACAUCUUAGUUGGGGGGUCAGACAUUAAUCCAUCAACCCUGCUUGACACCUUUGAUGACGAGGGUGUUUCUCAUGAGGAAAGCUGGAGUUUCUACCCGAAUGCUGUGAGAACCGCUGGCUUCUGUGGAAACCCCUCGUUCCACCUUUACUGGCCCAACAAGAACCAAGACAGGACACACAACAUCCUGGCCACUCGAGAACUCAUCGUACAGCCAGGAUAUAUUCUCCAGUUCAAGAUAGUUGUUGGCUGUGAGGCGGACUCGUGUGAGGACCAUCAUUCCGUCCUGCUGCAGUACAGGAAGGAUGCAAGGUCUGACUCGUGGCAGUUGGUACAGUCCGAGUGCCUCCCCUCCUCCAUCAACAACGUGGGUUGCUCUCCCUUCCAGUUCCAUGAGUCCACCAUCUUCAGUCCGGUCAACAGCUCAACGUGGACCAGGGUCACCGUCCAGCUGCCCGACCACGUCUCCUCGGGGGCGACUCAGUUCCGCUGGAUUCAAAUGGAGGGGACGGGCGAGCGACAGAGCUGGGGGGUGGACAAUGUUUACAUUGGAGAGGCCUGCCCGGGGCUCUGCAGCGGACACGGCUACUGCACUAGCGGGGUGGUCUGCAUCUGUGAUGAAGGAUACCACGGCGAUGACUGCUCCCUCUCCAGCAGUGACCUGCCCAGCUUCAUCAAGGACAACUUUGAGUCUGGGAGUGUCUCUCAGGAGAGCUGGCAACUAAUCCAGGGCGGAGGAGUGGGCAGUGGCUGCGGACAGUUGUCACCGCAUGCCCACGGAGACUCGUUGUAUUUCAAUGGCUGUAAGAUGAGGCAGGCUGUCACCAAGCCGCUGGACCUCACUCGAGCCAGGUACAGUAAGAUCAUGUUUGUGCUGCAGAUUGGCAGCGUGGCACAGACGGAUAGUUGUAACAUAGCUCUGGAUCUUGCCGACACGGUGGACCGAGCUGUGCUGCUGCAGUACAGUGUCACCAACGGAGUCAGCUGGCACGUCAUCGCCCAGCAUCAGCCCAAAGACUUCAUAAAAGCUCAGAGGGUCUCCUAUAAUAUUCCGCUAGAGGCGAGGGUUAAAGGCGUGAUGCUGCGAUGGUGGCAGCCACGCCAUGACGGCGUGGGACGCGACCAGUGGGCGUUGGACCAUGUGGAAGUAGUUCUUCCACAGCUCCUACCCCCACACACCUUUCUUGGAGACAGCACUCCCCUCCACCUGCCUCACCCCUCCGGUGCUCUAACCUCUUCUCUCUUCUGUAUUCUGCUCCCUCUGGCAUGGCUGUAGCGUCAGCACCCGAAAACAAAACUACAUGAUGAACUUUGCCAGACAAACGGGCUUGCGCCACUACUACAGCCGCAAGCGGCGGGCAUUGGUGCAACGUGCCUGAACCACCGCGGAUGGGAUUUGCCCCCUUUUCGACCUCCCAGCCACCUUCACCCCUCCCAUGGCCAAAUCCACCCCAUCGCACCCCCACAGCGCUUUGGCGGGAAUGAAAGUCAGCAGACAGGAGCGACGCGGCCAUUGUCUUUUCCUUUUCUACCAUGGACGGUCAGGGUUUGUAGUUGUUUUCUAAAAGUGUUGCUCCACGUGGUUCCUCUUCCCACCUGGCUCCGUCUCCUGCCCACCCCACAUCCGCACCGCACCGCACCUCCGUCCCCUCGUUUUUCCAACCACACUGUGAAAUUGAGAGAUAAAAUAUCACUGAUGAACUGACCGACUCCCACUGAGCCGCCAAGGGGAGCAUCGCUCCAAGCCGCCAGCCUGGAAGCCAGGAGCAAGACCAAGACCAGGACCAGGAUGCUGACCAUAAAGAGGAAUAACGCAGAAAAAAAAAAAAGUCCAAAAAUAUAAUACUGUGUUCUUGGUGUUCUUGUGUGUCUGUGGGUUCUUUUGUGCAGAAUUGACUGUGGUGUUUGUUUAUUUGUUUGUUUUCUACUAAUUCAUAUGAUAUUAAAAGAGUGGGGGGGGCGCUGGGUUCUGCUUCCUUACCUCCAAUUAUCUUACCAGUGCGGGCAGCGUGGAAAAAUUUUCUGAAUGGGCAAAGAAAUUGUUUAAAAAAAAAAAAAAAAAGAAACAGACUUAAAAAUGUCUUUUUGUUCAUUUAAAAACCGAAUUUUAUAUAUGUUGGCUCCGGAAAAAUACAGAUAUUUAUGGUAUAUGGCCUUCACGUGACCUAUUUAAGAUGCACUGUGCGUGAACUGUAUGUUAUUUUUCAAGUGUUAAGUUAUUAGGCAGUGGAGUCAGGUUCUCAUACUGCAUCAUCACCGCUCUUCUCUUGUGCUGUUCCCCCUUUUCCUCCACUCCACCCGCCCGCUGAUUACUGAUACAUGGAGGUGAGGCUCUGUAAGUGUUGUUAUUUGAAGUCUGUGUAACAUGGACCCUCUGCCCUCAGUGUAACUCCAGUAUAGCCAACUCCUGUACAUAUACUGUAUGUAUAUCCACGAUGGGGAGACCCAGCAGCCUUACAAAAGGGAAAUAAAGAACUGCCCACACCUCAGAUUGGA